AUGGUGUUGGAUACAGAAACUCAAAUGUGGGAGCCUGAGAUUAAAAAGCCUGACGUGAAGCUAAUGGGCUUGUUCACUUCUGUGGUGAUGGAGGAUAAGAUUUACAUGAGAGAUUGUCAUGGUAGCUUUGUUUAUGAGCCAAAGGAAAGUAGAUGGGAAUUGGAGAAGGUGCUGAAUUCUAAGUAUUGGCAGAAUGCGUGUGUCGUUGACGAUGUAUUGUACUAUUAUGAUGGUUACGAGAAAAAGUUAAGAGCAUAUGAUCCAAAUCAGAGGCGCUGGAGAGUGGUGAAAGGUGUGGAAGAAUUGGUGAGCAAGAAUACGUGGUGUUCAUAUUGGUCGUCCACGUGGAGUUACGAUGGGAAAUUGGCUAUGUUCUUUGAAAAAGAUCAUGAUGCGGAGAAGGUAACAGUGGAUAUUUGGUGUGCGGAGAUUGCUUUGGAAAAACGCCAAGGAGGAGAGAUUUGGGGUAAAGUGGAGAUGUGCGACAUUGUGAUGGAGGAGGAGCAAAUGGGUUCUGGCAUUGUGAAAUGCUUAGCUGUUAUGGUUUGA